AUGUCCAGUAUCAGGAGCAAGCACUAUGCGAGGAUCCUAAGUGUUGACGAGCGCGAUGGCCCGAUGUGGAAACUAUGCCUACAUACCUCCCUCGCCUCACUGCAAGCUGCGGAAUACACUCCCCUUAAUGUCGAAGAUCUACGUUAUCGCUGGUCAUCUAUCUCACAGAAGAAAGAUGAGUACAUCGUGGACUACGCGGCGCGAGAGUCGGCUAAGUAUGAGAACUAUGCCAAAGCUCUGAUGCACCUGGGCAUAACAGCCCCUUCUCCCUACGAAAGAUUGGUCUCUUUCGCCUCACGACUUCAACCAAACAUGAAGACUCUCCUAGGUAAGCAUAUGCGAUCCAAAGACCUGACCCUGUAUGCCUCUGAUUAUGAUUACAUCUGCCGCACUCUGAUUAAAUUGGAGAAGACCUACUAUGUGACCUAUGAAUUCGAGACGCAUGGUAUCAAGACGACACGCAAACCCGAUGACUGGAUUCCGGUUAUCCAAACCACCAAGCCUCUCUCUGGUGCAUCAGAUGGCCCAUAUAAAGGCAAACCUAAGCAUGACUGUCCUCAUUGUGGAAAAAAGGGAGUUCGCCAUCCGCCUGACCUAUGUUACUCUAAUCCCUCUGGGAAAACUAUGGACGGCCACAAAGACAAGGCUACUGAUACCUCUAGGAAUGCUGCUUCUCGCACUAUCUCUGCGGCGCAAAGCUCUGCCGUUCCACAACCCGAAACUGCGGUGCCUCAGUUCAUGGUUUUGCACUCCGGAAGCAAUAUGUCGGUUGAGGACAAACUCCAUGUGCCGUGUGCCUCCGUUUGGUUGCUGAAAGCGAGAGGAUGCAAAGUUGUCAUGGGCAUCGACUCCUCCUCUGAAGUUACUAUGGUGGAUCGAAAAGUGGUGUCAACUCUCGCUAGUCCUGGCGCAUCCCUAGAAACUAGAGAAGGACGAGAUAAGGCAAACUGA